AUGACUAUCGAUACAAAUCUGAUCAUGAAAUUGGUUGUGGAUGUUAUGGGCGAUCGACAAAUACAAGUAACGGUCACUCAAUCAUUGAAAGGGGCGCUUCUGGUCGGCACGUGUUCUUUCGUGGGCGCACUUCUCGCCGGACCCGUAGGUCUGGCCAUUGGCGGCGCUUCGGGUGGAGUUGCGGCCGCUUUUGCCACAAACGGCACUUUCAGAUCAAUUACACAAACACUCAAUGAUUUGCCGUUUGAGAAGAAGCGACAAAUUGCUGAAGAAAUUCAAUCAAUUAUUGAUAAGUUAGAAGUGAAUGAUUUGACAGAAUUGACUAAAAUUGCAAUGAUUUGCGCUUCUCUUUCCCGAUCGGAUCCAAAUGUGAUACUAAUUAAAAGAUUUGUUGAACAAACGGUUCCCGUUAUUCAAAGACAUAUUCUUUUACAGCCAAAUGUGAAUCAAAACUAA